CGGUCGGUGCCUCACGUGUCCUGGACUGUCUUCCUCACAUGACCCGUGUGUUUGUCCCCGUGAUCAGAGCUUCCAUCUCUCCGUAAAUCAGUGUCGUUGAAUAUCGGCGUUUUUUUCACACCCGCUUCCAAACCCCUUCAUGGAUAUGCUGGAGCAGAGUCUGGACAGCUCGGCGAGUCACGACAAACAGGAAACAGAAGAGGUGGUGCAGUUACAGGAAGGAGAGGCGGUGGGGACAGAGGAGCAGACUGCAGUGACCAUCACCGGUGUCCCGCAGGCUGCGUUUGCUGACCACAAUGUGCAGUACCAGUUUCGCACAGAGAACAGCGGAGGACAGGUGACCUAUCGGGUGGUUCAGGUAACAGAAGAUCAGUUAGAAGCCACAGCUGACGGGACCGGAGCUGUCAGCGUCGUCUCCACGGCAGCGUUUACCGGAGCCCCUCAGGCGGUGGCACAGGCUGUUAUCCAGAACCCUUUCAGUAACGGCGGCAGUCCCGGUGGGGAGACCGUAGGAGGAGAGACACGUUUCGCUUAUUUCCCUGCCGCCACCGUCAGCGAUGGGACAGCGACGGCCGUGUCGGUGCAGGCCACCGCCGACCCGACGAUCACACAGGCGGGAGGUCAGUUUUACGUGAUGAUGAGCCCUCCUGAGGUGCUGCAGACGACGGCUCCUCGUACCAUCGCACCACGCACACACACCUACACUGCAGACCUCGGUGAAAGCGAGAUGUUGCAGCAUGGCAGUUCAAACUGGAAGGUGGACGGUCCACGGGCGCCCAGAGAUGAGAGGCGAAGAGCACAGCACAAUGAAGUGGAGAGAAGAAGAAGAGACAAGAUAAACAACUGGAUAGUAACACUUUCAAAAAUCAUCCCUGACUGCAGCGUAGACAGCCGGACUGGAGCGAGUAAAGGAGGCAUCCUGUCCAAAGCUUGCGACUACAUCCGAGAGCUCCGUCAGAGUAACCAGCGACUGCAGGAGAGUUACAAAGAGGUGGAGCGGGUCGAGAUGGACAACGAGCUGCUUAGACAACAGAUCGAGGAACUGAAGAACGAUAACGCACUGCUACGAGCACAGCUACAGCAGCACGGCAUAGAAGUCAAUGGAGAUGCAACACCACAGUGAUUGUGGACUGGACACAUGUUUAACAUCACAAACACAAAUGUCGCAUCCUCCCACCCACCUGAACAAUACCAGGAAAGGAAUAACGAUGAGAGUCAAUUUCCAUCUGAAAUUGGACCACAACAACAGCAACAAUAAUAAUAAAAAAAGAACGAACACGCGUGCAGGGCUCGAGAAGAACACUUGAAGGACUGCAAAGUGAAAAGACGCCUCCUCCACCUCCAGCUUCACCUCCAGCUUUUCCGAAAGGCUGAACACUCUGAAAUCCGUUAACUGUGUAGCUAACUGAACCUCUUGCCUCCGCUUCAUGGGAAAAACGACCUCCGCACAGCAGCAGCACCACGCUUUGCACCAAACGUUCUUUUCUUUUCUUUUUUUUUUUUACUUUAAAUUAUGAACCUGCCACAGAAAAUUUACUUUUUAACACCUUUUUAUCGUACCACAAAAGCCUACUUUUGUUCCCUUUUAUUAUUCUUUUCUUGUUGACAUUUGCUGUGUUUGAAACUACUAAAUGUGACAUGAAUGAUAGCUUCCAUUUAACUUUAAUUUAUUAGUCCUUAAAGAAUGUGUAAACGCAGUAAGAUGAAGAAAAAGCUGAUCUCUGAUUUUACUCUUUCCCCGGCAACGAACUAAGAGCGGGCAAAUCAGAUAUUUUGAUUGCGCUCGUUACUGUUACUAAGGAUAGUUUUACUGUCAGUGGAUCAUGUGUGUAUGUGUAUAUAGCUGAUAUGUGUGCAGUUUAAGGUAAUUGUUUCAAAAUCUGCCUCCUGACACUGACACUCCACGCACCAGGCAGAGCUCACCAGCUUUAUAAACACAGUCCAAUGUCAGUAAAUCAAAAAAACAUAAAAAAAUAUUAUAUUUCUUUUCUGACAGCUUUGAUAGCACAGGCAUGGAGGUUUUUAUUUUUAGUGCAAGGCCUUAAUAGAAGCCUGUUGGAGAAUCUAGGUGUUAACAUAGCUCAGGUAAUUGGGAUAGUGCACUGGCAAAGUGGUUCCCAGACUCGAUGAAGUCUCUACAUAUAGAGUUUAGAUCUCCGUUGUGUCCCCAUUAGGUGCAAUGUACAGAUAAAUGAGAGUAUGGAGAUAAUUUUUCAACGUGUGAGUCAUUUUUAACGGGCAUUAAAAUAUGGUUUGUACAG